GAAACAAAAACCCUUUUCACUACUUCUCUCCCUUGGACUCUUAUUUUUCUUUAAUACUCACAUGUUUCUUUCCCCACUAACAAGGAACUUUUGUAGCUAAAGCAGAACUGAAGCAGGCAGCAAUGGAUAGGAAUUACAGGUAAAUUCAGAAGCACAAGGAUUUAAAUAGGUCAAGAUAUAACAGUGAUUUCCACUUGAAGGCAGUAGCAGAGAGAAAUGAAAGAUGAGGUGUCUAUACAGCCAGCCUCCAGCAUCCAACUUUUGUUCUUUGUCCACACAGUGUCUGUGAAGAAUGAUGAAGGCCAUGCUCCCACUGUGCUUGCAGGUGGCCAUGCUUCACCCCAAUGUCCACAGUCUGACCCAGACUGAUCACCACACGGACCAGCCUGAGGCAACUGCCCAGGAGCAGCAUUCUCUUGAGGCAGAUCCUCUUGAGUCCUGCCAAAGGAUAAUCCCAAGCAAUACAGACUUUGCCUUUUAAUUUUACAGGCAAGCAACUACUCAAGAACCUGACAAGAACAUUUUCUUUUCCCCAGUCAGCAUCUCUGCUGCCCUUGCCCUUCUGGCCCUGAGCUCCCGAGGCAGUAGCCAAGCUCAGCUGCUGGGAGGCCUGGCCUUUAACCUCACCAACAUCCACAAGGAGGAGAUACGUGAUGGUUUUCCUCAGCUCCUCCCCAUGCUGAACCACCUGGCAGCCCAGUGCAGUGGAAUGGGCAACACCCUGUUCAUGGACAAACACCUGAAGCCAAUGAAAACGUUUCUGAAUGACAUAAAAAAACUGUACAGAGGAAAAGCUGUCUCUACUAGCUUCCAGAAUUCCACCGAAGCUAAAAAAGAGAUCAAUGAUUAUGUAAAGAAUAAAACCCAUGGGAAUAUAAACCAAAUACUUGAGGAGCUUGAUCCAAGCGCUCUGAUGGUAAUAGUUAACUACAUUUAUUUCAAAGGUAAGUUACAUAGAUGCUCUUUACUGCAUCUGUUUUGUGCUGUUUCACCUGAAGUAAAACAAGUACACCAAGUUAUUUUUGAAUAA